AUGUUGGCAGUGUACAUCGCGGCGCUCUUAUUUUGCCCUCCGACAAUUGCCCAAGAUUGGGUUUCCGAUCCGCUCACAAAUGUCCGACCGAAUAAUAUCACUGGGUUACCGUACUAUAUUUAUCGCUGGACCGGCUCCUACUACAAUGGCUCAACAACAAUUCGUAUUGAACCGAAAGAGUUUCAAGAGAAAUUCGACAAAGACACAGUGGUCACAGAGCCUGUCGAGGUGACCUAUGAGAAUUCUAUUCUUGCAAUUGUCAAAUCCAACAGAUACGCCGAAGACAAUAAUGAAUUGACCUUCUCCCUGAGGUAUUGGGACAAGAAUUUGAACAUCACACCAGCCUACGAUGAUGACGGUGGUCCAAUCAACUCAAUUCAAAAUAUCGAUUCUGUUGAUAUGAACAGAAACCCGAAACCGUUCGGCCAAUCGCGACCCUAUUGGCAGCUGGAAAGUACGUACGGUUCGGGAACGUCGUACUCAUUUAGCGGUCAAAGGAACUACUCGCAGACUCAGCCCCUCAAGUUCAACUGUUCUCAGUGCAUGUCCAGCGCCGAGUUCCGCGGAUCAAUCCUGAAUCCCGUCGCUCACAGGAGCGGCGGCGACCCCCUAAACGUCACAAACUUUCCCUUUUGCCACUGUGGAAAUUACUUCGAUGACCUGUGGAUUGCGUAUCAACUUGGGGCAUACUUGAGCAAGUACAUUACUUCUCUUAAAGAGAGAUAUCUUCAAGUAUGCCUCUUUCUGAUCGCGAAAAAAACGCCUUCUUGGGGCGUCUAA